GUGAAACGGUUCGUUUAAGGCCAUCCCGUCGCCAGUUGCAUUCCUGGAGGGAAAUAAAGGCGGAUGGGAACAGGUACAGUGUAGCCAAAUGUAGUAAAUUUCUCCAGAAGCUUCUGCUCUGGAAUGAAAACUGGGAUCGAAGAAGACGGCUCCGCCUCCGAACUCUUGAGGGACAGAUUCCGACUCUCCACCAUUUCUAUCGCUGAAGCGGAAGCCAACAGAAGCGGCAUGGAAAUUUCUGAACCCGUGAUGACUUGUGUCGCUGAUUUAGCCUUCAAAUAUACAACAGAACAGUUGGCGAAGGACCUUGAGUUAUUUGUUCAGCAUGCUGGUCGGAAAUCUGUGAAUACAGAAGAUGUAAUACUAUCAGCCCAUAGAAACGAGCAUUUGUCUGCCAUAUUAACAUCCAUCUGCAAUGAUCUAAAGACAAAAGAACCUCAAAGUGAAAGAAAGCGGAAAAAGGCACCAAAAAAGGAAGAUAGAGAUAGAGGUGCAGUGCAUAUUAUUGACGCUUAAUCACAUCUCCCAUCGGGCUGAUCUCUAGUUAACAAGGGUGCAUACCAACAAGCAAUGACAGUAGCUUAUGACCUCUUUCCAUUUCUUGGUUAUACUAAUUAGUAAUACCAUUUUCAUAUUUUAUCGGCCUAUGGAGUUCUGAUUUAAAGGAUAAGCUUCUGCAUCAUGUAAAUUGAUUGAAGCGUUCCAUAUGAAGGAAACAUGGCUUUCGGUUUGUUAUGAGAUUGUCAAAGCAUGAGCUUCAAUGUUUAUUGGUUGUUUUUGUUGCGAACAGGAAAUGAGUCGGAAUUCUGAACAGGGUGAUAAAUUGCUCUUUGUAAAUCUACAGCACCAUUGUAUGAUUUAGACUUUUAGUUAAGUGCUCAACAAUUUGAUAUUGCGAAUCAUAUUUACAUGUGCAUGAUGCAAAUAUAAUAGCCUAGUUCUGCAUGGAUUA